AUGGCAACCGCCUCCACGGCCAACCCUCUCAUGUCACAGCCCCAGUUCACAGCCAUGAAUGAACCACAGUGCUUCUACAACGAGUCCAUCGCCUUCUUCUAUAACAGGAGUGGGAAGUAUCUCGCCACAGAAUGGAACACGGUCAGCAAGCUGGUGAUGGGGCUGGGGAUCACCGUCUGCAUCUUCAUCAUGUUGGCCAACCUCCUGGUCAUGGUGGCCAUCUACGUCAACCGCCGCUUCCACUUUCCUAUUUAUUACCUAAUGGCUAAUCUGGCCGCUGCAGACUUCUUUGCCGGGCUGGCCUACUUCUACCUGAUGUUCAACACGGGACCUAAUACUCGGAGACUGACCGUCAGCACAUGGCUCCUCCGUCAGGGCCUCAUUGACACCAGCCUGACAGCCUCGGUGGCCAACUUGCUGGCCAUCGCGAUCGAGAGGCACAUCACGGUGUUCCGCAUGCAGCUCCACACGCGGAUGAGCAACCGCAGGGUGGUGGUGGUGAUUGUGGUCAUCUGGACCAUGGCCAUUGUGAUGGGGGCGAUUCCCAGCGUGGGCUGGAAUUGCAUCUGUGAUAUUGAGCAUUGUUCCAACAUGGCACCCCUCUACAGUGACUCCUACCUGGUCUUCUGGGCCAUUUUCAACUUGGUGACCUUUGUCGUCAUGGUGGUUCUCUACGCUCACAUUUUUGGCUAUGUUCGCCAGAGGACUAUGAGAAUGUCUCGGCACAGUUCUGGGCCCCGGCGGAACCGCGACACCAUGAUGAGUCUUCUGAAGACUGUGGUCAUUGUGCUUGGUGCCUUUAUUAUCUGCUGGACCCCAGGACUGGUCUUGUUACUUCUCGAUGUGUGCUGUCCACAGUGUGAUGUUCUGGCCUAUGAGAAAUUCUUCCUUCUGCUUGCUGAGUUCAACUCUGCCAUGAACCCCAUCAUCUACUCCUACCGCGACAAGGAGAUGAGCGCCACCUUCAGGCAGAUCCUCUGCUGCCAGCGCAGUGAGAACACCAGUGGCCCCACAGAAGGAUCGGACCGCUCAGCUUCUUCCCUCAACCACACCAUCUUGGCGGGAGUUCACAGCAAUGACCACUCCGUGGUUUAG